CAUGUCAAUAAAAAUGUUUUGCAGGACGUUACAUACUAAAUGCAGAGAUUCAACAAAACCAUAUUUGAGAAGUAGAGUUUAUCGAAUUCCUGUCAAAGACGAUCAAGUGCCUUGGGACUCUGAUUUUGGAGAAUGCAGCUAUUCACCCAAAGAUUAUACAGCAAAAACUAUUUAUGGAAAAACUUGGGCAGACCAUGAAGAUCCGUGUAUUUACACUUUUAAUCAUGUGGAUGAUGAUGGAAUAAAUAGGCUAUCAUUUAAUGGUAAAUAUUCUCUUGAUUCAACUGGACGUCCCCUUAAUCCAUUUGGAAGGACAGGUUUACGUGGUCGUGGUGUUCUUGGAAAAUGGGGACCAAAUCAUGCAGCUGAUGCUAUUGUUUCGAGAUAUAUUAUUGGGGAAGAUGCAAGGAAAAUACUUCAAUUUGUAGCAAUUGUGAGAGAUGAUACUGAAGAUUUGGCAAUACCUGGUGGAAUGAUAGAUCCUGGGGAAGAUGCUCGAGAAGCGGCAAUUCGCGAAUUUCAUGAAGAAGCUCUUGCAAACAAUGUUUUGGACGAGAAAUUGUCUUCUAUUUGGAAGAAUGGAAAAACUGUUUAUCAAGGAUAUGUUGACGAUCCGAGAAAUACAGACAACUCUUGGAUGGAAACAAGUUGCUUUAAUUUUCAUGAUGCAACGGGGAAUCUCUUAAAAGAUUUGAAUCUAAAGGCGGGUUCUGAUGCGAAAUUUGCGAAAUGGAUAACAGUCGAAAAUGGACUUAAACUUUAUGCUUCACAUACUUAUUUGGUCAAACUUUUCGCACAAAUGCAUGAUGUUUAUAUUGAUUGA